AUGUCGUCUGCAGUAGAACCACUGACACUAUCGCGCGACAUCACUCGUGCCAUUGAACUGCUUGAUAAGCUGCAAAUGAGCGGUGAAGUACCAGCAACAAAGUUAGCAGCUCUUCAAAAAGUUCUUCAGUCAGACUUUCUGAACGCUGUUCGUGAGGUUUAUGAGCAUGUCUACUCAACAGUUGACAUUCAAGGAAGUUUGGAUGUUCGAGCUAGUGCCACUGCUAAAGCAACAGUUGCUAGUUUUGCUGCCAGUGAAGGACAUGCACACCCACGAGUCGUUGAACUCCCAAAGACGGACGAAGGUCUUGGCUUUAAUGUUAUGGGCGGAAAGGAACAAAACUCACCAAUUUAUAUCUCUAGAAUCAUCCCUGGUGGUGUUGCAGACCGUCACGGAGGCCUUAAGCGUGGUGAUCAGUUAUUGUCUGUAAAUGGAGUAUCAGUUGAAGGAGAAAAUCAUGAGAAAGCUGUGGAAUUGUUGAAACAGGCUAUCGGCUCAGUAAAACUGGUAGUUCGCUAUACACCAAAAGUCCUUGAGGAAAUGGAAAACCGAUUUCAAAAGCAAACAGCACGACGUAAAUUUCAGUAA